AUGCCUGAGCCUGCGAAGUCCGCCCCGGCCCCGAAGAAGGGCUCCAAGAAGGCCGUGACGAAGGUGCAGAAGAAGGACGGCAAGAAGCGCAAGCGCAGCCGCAAGGAGAGCUACUCGGUGUACGUGUACAAGGUGCUGAAGCAGGUGCACCCCGACACGGGCAUCUCGUCCAAGGCCAUGGGCAUCAUGAACUCGUUCGUGAACGACAUCUUCGAGCGCAUCGCCGGCGAGGCGUCCCGCCUGGCGCACUACAACAAGCGCUCGACCAUCACGUCGCGGGAGAUCCAGACGGCCGUGCGCCUGCUGCUGCCCGGGGAGCUGGCCAAGCACGCCGUGUCCGAGGGCACCAAGGCCGUCACCAAGUACACCAGCUCCAAGUAAAUCCUGCCUCCCACGGCUGGUAGUGAACCCAAAGGCUCUUUUCAGAGCCACUCAUGCGUUCACACUAAGAGCUCGGCACCCGCUAAGCCUGGGUUUCUAAGCAGUGAUCUCCCGGUGUUAAAUGCCGUACUGGCGGGUUUAAGAAUCGUUAAUGUUUCUUCUUGCUUGGGCCCCUCUCCCUUCCCCACCACCCCCGUCUCCCGCAAUUGGUCGGAGCCACUGUGUUUUGAAAAUCUCCUUUCUGUAAACGGGUCUUAACUGACACCGAUGGUCUGCUUCCCCUCCCC